CACGUCACGAGUCCACUACAUCCGGCUAAUUAGACGCGACAAACACAUCUGGGUCUCACAAAACAAGCCUCGACCGCAACGGGUUGCAACCAACUUUCAAUUCCAACGCACGAAUCAUGUCAGACCUCUUCGAGGCGAUCAAGGACGCCCUCAACCCCAAGCGGCGCGAGCAGGCGACGGUCGAGACCUAUGACCCCCACACGCGCGGCCCCUAUCCGGAUCGUCCUCCGGCCGGAGGCAGCCAGGCCCAGCCCGAGUCCCAGGCCCAGCCCCGAGCGGCAUCGGCAGCCCAGCGGGAGGAAGCCCAGGACGCCGGCCGCGUGGAGCGAUGCGACCUGAGCGGUGGCGGCGGCAACAGCGGUAGCACGGCGGCCGGAGAAGAAUCGUCUGGCCAGGGUGCCAAGCCGGCCAGCGGCACCUACGGCCCGCACAAGUCGCGAGUCGCUAACGCCCUCGACCCCCGCGUCGACUCGGACCGGGACGGGACCGCGAGCCACGGGGUCGGCGGCUACGGCGGCGCUGCGGCGAAACCCCUGCACACCGAGGGCUCCAACUACGGGUUAUCUUAAAAAAGGCGGAGGUGGCGGAAGUGGGAAUUGUGACCGGGUUCAAUCCACUCGGUCAGGCAUGGGUCUGGGAUCGGAGUUCUGGUGCCAGGGUAUUAUUGCCUUCUUUUAUCAACAAAAGUCACAUUGGGGAAGGGAGGCUUGAAGGGAACCCGGCUUGGUAACAUCGCUUGGCGCACACGGUCCUCCAACACCAUGGCUAGGGGCUUCCUUCCAAGGCCGCAAAUUCUCCCUAAUUAAGCCUGCCAGCUCCUUAUGAUUUUAUGCCACGGGGGAUUAAACCAUCUCUCUCGGGCCAUAACCGAGUUUCUAUUCUCCUCAAUUGAAACUAUACCAAUCUCUGUUCAUAGG